AUGUUCUACGUCGGGCUCACUGCUCUUACUGCUUUUUUCGUUGGGCUCCGUAUCCCUAGCGUGCAUGCGCAUGGAUACGUCCAGGAUGUCGUCGUCGACUCAACCCAUUACACUGGUUACCUACCGUAUAGUGAUCCGUACUACAACCCUGUCCCGGAGCGUAUUAUCCGCGCGAUUCCUGGAAAUGGUCCUGUCACGGAUCUGAGCCUCAUUGAUGUUCAGUGCAAUGGUUACACGGACGGAGGCGUCAUCGGGAGUGAGCCUGCGCCUAUCUAUGCAACUGUAGCGGCGGGGGACGAAAUGCAUUUGAACUGGACGACUUGGCCUGACUCUCAUAUUGGACCGAUGAUCACGUACAUGGCUCUCGCUCCUUCUGAUAUCACGGAGUGGCUACCAGGAACCGAUGCUGUCUGGUUCAAGGUCGCUGAAGCUGGAAAGGCGGCUGAUGGGACUUGGGCCUCGACUACUGGCUUAACCGCUACCGACAGCAUCUAUACAUUCACAGUUCCUGCCACUUUGAAGCCCGGACAGUACAUCGUUCGCCACGAGAUCAUUGCCUUGCAUGCAGCCUUCGUGUACCCUGGCGCGCAAGUCUACCCAUCCUGCAUCCAGAUUGAAGUCACCGGUUCUGGGAUUGCCUUCCCGACAUCGUUCGUCUCCUUCCCCGGAGCCUAUACCGCUGACACUCCCGGAAUCGUAUACGAUGCCUACACCAAUACGUCGGCGUACCCGAUUCCGGGACCUGCUGUCUGGUCAGGCUGA